CCUAAUCAACCAAAACCAUGGCCAUUUCAGAAGACUUCAGCUUCCCAACAACCACUGAUUCUCCUCCUCUUUUCAUCGCUCACCGCCGUUUGUGGACACCGCUCUUCUUCUACCUCCACCCCCACUCGCCACCAACAACAACGACGACAACAACAAAAUUCUCAUCAUAAAGAUUGUGAAAGUUUCUCGACAGAAAAACCAAUUGGCAAUAAGCAGAGCAAGAGUUUUUCGUACGUUGAGCGAGGCGUGAAGGCGGGAAAAGAAGAUGAUGGAGAGGAAAAGAUGGACAUGUUAUGGGAGGACCUGAAUGAAGAGAUUUCUAGAACUUAUGGGUCAAAGUUGGAAUAUUCAGAAAUGUCACCGGCGGGGAAGGUGGCGGAGUUUGGCCGUGUUCAGGUGUUUUCCGGCAAGAAGUCUAGCGUCGUGGUGGUGUACAUGAAGGUCUUGAAGAAGCUCUUCUCGCUUAAUUCUCAACGUUCGAUUAAGAAACGAACAUGGUGGUGAUUAGGGAGGUUUUGUGUCUGGUCUGCAGUUGGUGGUCUGCUGGUCUACUAUAUGUGUUCUGCUCUUGGUGAAAAGUCUGCUGCUGUAUUAGAGUAUUGGUGUCUGAGUUGGAGUUCUGCUCCACUGGUUUGUUGUUUUGUGUUUUGUUUUUGUUUAUUCCUCUUUGGUUGGUUUCUCAUUAACCUUUUGACUUGAGCUGGCAGAUGAUUGUGUAUUCUUU